GCCCCAUCCUCCGUCAGUUCCUGGGGACGCGGAAGGGGCUUUCCCGCCGCGACGGUCGCACUGCGCUUUGCCUCCUGUUGCUUGGACUGCGUGCCAGUGAAAACCCAGAAGACAGGUGACAGCUGAGCUAGUGACAAUGGAGUCACAGGAAUCAGUGACCUUCGAGGAUGUAGCUGUAGAUUUCACCCAGGAAGAAUGGGCCCUGCUGGACACAUCCCAGAGGGAGCUGUUCAGAGACGUGAUGCUGGAGAACAUCAGUCAUCUGGUCUCGAUCGUUGACCUUGUAUCGAUGAUCACGCACUGUUAUCAGCACAGAGCUCAAAAUCCACAUGUCGUUUUCCUACAAACAGUCAGUCAACUCUACAAAUCAGAUGUGAUUUCCCUUUCGGAGGAAAGAGAGCAACUUUCAAGAGAGGGGAUUGGUUUUCUGCAAGGCCAGAGUCCAGAUAGGGGAGAUGAUCUUAAAAAACAAGAAAUGAUAUCUAUUCAACAUUCCUACAAGAAGGACACAUCCUUACUCGAUUCAGUGCAGAGAUUUCACACUCAAGAGUAUCCUUUUGAAUUGAAUGAUUUGGGAGAAAAUAUUACUGAAAUCUUAAUGUUGACUCGGUAUGGGAUUGCUCACAUGGGAGAGAAACCCCAUAUCAGCCAUGAAUUCGGAAAAUCCAUCAGUUACGUUAAUCAACAUAAAGAAAUUGAUGCUAGAAGUCAGUUGUAUGAAUGUCAUCAACGUGAAGAUACCUUGUUUCAGAGCUCUGCCAUUAGACAACAUGAUAAUUGGCAAAGUGGAGAGAAAACAUUUGAAUGCCCUGUAUGUGGGAAAGUCUUCAGUAAAAGUUCUAACCUUAGACGUCAUGAGAUGAUUCACACUGGAGUGAAACCACAUGGAUGUCAUCGAUGUGGGAAGGCCUUCACUCAUUGUUCUGAUCUUAGAAAACAUGAGAGAACUCACACUGGAGAAAAAUCAUAUGGAUGCCAUCUCUGUGGGAAAGCCUUCAGUAAAAGUUAUAACCUUAGACGCCAUGAGAUGAUUCACACUCGAGAGAAGCCGCAUGGAUGUCAUUUAUGUGGGAAAGCCUUCACUCAUUGUUCUGACCUUAGAAAACAUGAAAGAACUCACUUUGGAGAGAAACCAUAUGGAUGCCACUUAUGUGGGAAGACGUUCGGUAAAACUUCCUACCUUAGACAACAUGAGAGGACUCACAAUCGAGAGAAACCAUAUGAAUGUCAUUUAUGUGGGAAAGCCUUUACUCAUUGUUCUCACCUUAGAAAACAUGAGAGAACUCACACUGGAGAGAAACCAUACGAAUGUCAUCUAUGUGGGAAAGCCUUCACUGAGUCUUCUGUCCUUAGACGACAUGAGAGAACUCACACUGGUGAGAAACCAUAUGAAUGUCAACUGUGUUGGAAAGCCUUCACUGAUUCUUCUGUUCUUAAACGACAUAAGAGAACUCACACUGGAGAGAAACCAUAUGAAUGUCGCCUAUGUGGGAAAGCCUUUAAUCACUCUUCUGUCCUUAGACGACAUGAGAGAACUCACACUGGCGAGAAACCAUAUGAAUGCAAUAUAUGUGGUAAAGCCUUUAAUAGAAGUUAUAACUUUGGACUGCAUAAGAGAAUUCACACUGGAGAGAAACCAUAUAAAUGUUAUCUAUGUGGAAAAGCCUUCAGUAAAUAUUUUAACCUUAGACAACAUGAAAGAACUCACACCAUAAAAGUUAUAAACGUGGAAGACUCACCACCCACAGCUUCUAACUCUAAACACUCUUGAGAACUCGGACAUUGAACUAACAAUAUGUUUAUAAUCAAUGUAGAAGAGCCUUUAUUCAUCCUGAUUAUUUAAUUUGAUCAAAGGUAAUUCAAAAUAAAGAGAAUCUAUAUGUAUUGCAUCUGUUUGACAAACACUUAACAAUGGACUGACCUGGGAGACAAUAUAUUACCUAGGAGAACUCAAACUGUAAAUGGAAUGAAUACGGAAGAGUCCUUAUACACAGUUCUAGUUGUUAAACAAGAUGGAGAAGUCACAGGUCAUAAAUUCUAUUUAUGUAGCCAGUUUAUUAAUCCCUUCACUUAUAAUUCAUCCUUUAAACAAAAUAAUAAACUACACAGGAGAGAAAUUCUAGAUGUAGAGUCAUUGUGUCCUCUCAUUCAACUUAGCACUAUUCUUGGUGUGCACAAGAAAAUUUAGUGUCAGAUAACUACUGAAACAAGAAAUAAGCGGGAAAAAUCCACUACUAGGAGGACAAAGCCUCUUGAAGAAUAGCAGAUAAUGUGUGUUGAAUAAGUUAUUCUAUGAAAAAUGGUAAAAGUGAUUUUAUUAAUAGAGCAAGACUAUUGCUCUAAAACAGAUUAGGAUUCACACUGUAUAAACACUCAGUGACUUCUAUAAAACACAAAUGGAGGAAACUUUUCAGUGAUUACUCAUUCCCUAGUUAACACUAAUGAUCUCGCACUGAGAAGAAAACAGUCCUGAGGAGAAAAUGGAUGAAUCUUUAGGUGGAUUUCACCUUAGAAAUUUUGGACUGGAAAAAAAAUUCUAAAAGAAUCAUUGAGCAUAUGAUUCAGCAAAAAAUUCAGAAGUUUACCAAAGAUUUGUCAUUGAAAACAUGUAGGAUAAAAUGCACAAUUGUGAAACACUUUGGGAGUAUUGAAUGCAGAAUUUUGGAAGAAAUAAUAAAGACACAAUGGUUGAUACUGAAGAAAUGCAAGCAUUAAUUGUUAAAAAAAAUCUGAUAUCUUGAUUAAGUUCCAGUUUUGCUGGUAUAAACACAUGUAUUUAAGUCAAUUAUAAAAUAUUGAAAGUAAACUAAAACACAAAACUAUGUUUUACCUAUAAUAUUUAAGUCAGAAUUUUGACAAUACUGAUGCCUAUAUAGGAAAAUUCACAACUAACAGUGUGGAAUCACAUUAAAACCUUGAUGCUUUUUCCUGGAAA